AUGCAGGCCGACCAAACGCCCGAAUUGGAGAAGGCUGCUCUCCAGCAGCAGGAUCCCGAUGCAGAUGAGGAGUUUUCCUAUGCUGAACAGCGAAAGAUCGUCCAUAAGGUCGACAGGCGCCUUCUCAUUAUCGUCGGUUUGAUGCAAGCAGUGUCGUUCUUGGAUCGAGCCAAUAUGUCCAAUGCGGCUGUUGCAGGAAUGACCGCGGAGCUGGGGCUGGAUAUUGGCACACGCUAUUCAAUCACUCUGCUGGUCUUCUUUGCACCGUACAUCGUCGUCCAGUUCCCGGCCACCAUCGCCAUUCGGAAAAUUGGGCCUCGAACAUUCCUGUCGACAAUUACCUUGCUCUGGGGGAUUGUCAUGCUUUGCUUCGGUUUUGUCCAGUCCUGGGCAUCCUUGAUCCCACUGCGCAUGCUCCUAGGCGCUCUCGAAGCUGGUUCAUUUCCUGGGAUGUACUACCUCGUCUCAUCCUGGUACUCACGAUUCGACCUAUACAAACGCAUUUCUAUCUUCUACCUAAUCGGCGUCCUCGGCUCUGCCCUCUCCGGCGUGCUAGCCCUCGGCUUCUCCAAAAUGAAUGGACUAGCUGACUACACCGGCUGGCGCUGGAUAUUCAUCAUGGAGGGUCUCUUGACCUGCGUCAUUGGGCUGACGGGAUACAUAUUCAUGGUGAAUUUUCCCAGCCAGAGCCACAAGGCGUGGGGAUUCCUGAGCGCCAACGAAAGCGCGUAUAUAGUACGCAGGCUGAACCGUGAUCGCGGUGAUGCAGAUACUGAAACAGAUGUACAUGAAGAUGGGAGUCUGAAGAUUAACUGGCAUGCGUUCUUCGCAUCCGGGCUCGACUGGAAGGUUUGGGGGUUUGCGCUUUCAUUCCUGUGUUCCACAAUGCAAGCCUACUCAAUCGGCUUCUUCCUCCCCGUCCUCCUGCAGCAGAAAAUGCACUUCUCGACCGCCACCUCGCAGGGCCUCAGCUCUCCGCCCUACCUCGCCGCCAUGCUGCUAAUGUACAUCGAGGGCGUCCUCAGCGACAAAAUACGCCUCCGCUGCCCAACUCUCUACUUCAACGCCCUCCUUUCCAUCGUCGGCCUGUGUCUCAUGGAAUGGGCACCCUCGGCGGGCUCGCAGUACCUCGGCGCCAUCUUCACCUGCAUGGGCUGCAGCGCGAAUAUCCCCUCCGUCAUGGUAUUCCAGGCGAAUAAUAUCCGUGGGCAGUGGAAGCGAGCGUUUUGUAGCGCGAGCUUGAUUGGCUUUGGUGGGACUGGGGGGAUUGUGGGGUCUUUGGUUUUUCGUACGCAGGAUAAACCGACGUAUUUACCGGGGGUUUAUGCUUGUUUGGUGUGA